UGUAUUUGGUAUUUGUUUUUCCUCAGUUUUUCCAAAAUGCGAAUUUCUAGCGUGGUAACGUUCUGCAUUCUGAAUAGUUUGGCCAAUUUUGUUAUUGGUCAGUCUUUUACAGAAUGCGGUGGAAAUCUUGUCGGACCAGGCGGGACUUUAUCGUCACCAAACUUCCCCAGCAGCUACCCCAACAAUGCCAAAUGUAACUGGACAAUCAUGGCAGGGGUCAACGAGAUUAUAAAUCUUGAGUUCAAAACAGUCGAUUUUGAUGGCUACGUGGACGCUUGCCCUGAUUAUGCUGUUAUUUAUGACGGAGACGACACAAGGUCACCUGUUAUACGGCAGCUAUGCAGGUACAACACAUCAAAAGAACUGGCAGAUUUUUACGUGCGCUCAACAUCAAAUAAAGUUCAUGUUACUUUUACAUCAGACGCUUACAAUCAAAGACAAGGAUUCUUGGCCAACUACUGGACACAUGCGUGCCCCCCAAUGACUUACGGCCCAGAAAGAUGUACACAAAACUGUGGCUGUGUGGUUGAACACACUGUGUAUUGUAACAACUUUAACGGCUCGUGCACCUGUAAGAAAGGAUGGACGUCACCCACCUGUGGAACCGAUGUUGACGAAUGUGGUCAUCCCCUAAUUGAAGCUUGUCCACGAAAUUAUCAAGUGUGCAGGAAUAAUAUUGGAGGUUUUGAUUGUGAUUGCCAAGCUGGAUUAGUGAAAAAUCCUGUUACUGGAGCUUGCGAAGCUGACUCAAGUAGACCAUGCAGCAGUGCUUGUCCGGGUUUAUGUGGGAAGGUAACUCUUCCAGGGCAGGUCACUCCAACAGAGCAGUGCUACUGUCCGUACAACACAAAGUUGGUUGGAAAUCAGUGUGUCGAAUGCACAGGUCUAACUUAUGGAAGAAACUGUGAAAGGAGUUGCAGCACUUGUGUAAAAAAUAACACUCAACGUUGUGACAAUGUCACUGGUCAGUGUAUCUGUUUACCUGGCUGGUCAGGCAGCACAUGUGCUGAUGACGUCAAUGAGUGUGUACUUAGUGGCGACCUCAGGGUGUGCAAGGAGACAGCUGGCAAUUAUGAGUGUGUGAACACCAUAGGAAGCUAUAAAUGUUAUUGUACUCAAGGUUUUGAAAAGGCGGCUAAUGGAACGUGUGUGCGAGCAGCUUGCAGCUUUAUCUUGAACGCAAGUGAAGGAAACAUCACGUCACCAUAUUACCCAAAUUAUUAUUCAUCUACAACACCAUGUUCAUGGACAAUUACUGUGCCUCAAGGGAAAUCAAUUACUUUAAGAUUUGUCAUUUUGUUUGCGCACACGCAAUUCAACAGUUUUCUAAAUAUUUUUGAUGGACCAAACGCUGAUGCUUUUCUACUAGGCCGAUUUCACAGUGUAUAUAACAAUAAUACACUCACAAUAAAAUCAACUGGAAAUGCAAUGCAUUUGAAAUUUAACUCCAGUUACUACAUAUAUGGACAGUUUUAUGGAUUAUACACUACAAAUGAUUAUGCCAGUGGCUGUACACAAAUCAUAAACCCAACGGAUGAAAAACAGAUACUGAAAAAUCCUGGCUACCCAACAUAUGUCAACAACACUGUCUGUUACUGGGCAAUAAAUGCACCUGUUGGAUAUAAUGUUUCUUUGAGAUUUACAGACUUCUCAAUGGACAACCAGGGCAAAUCAUUUCUUAAAGUUUACAACCCCAACAGUGCCUUUUUAGAUGUCAAUGGACUAUAUUAUGGGUCAAAUAUCCCAAAAGCAAUAACUUCAACAACAAAUACAUUAUAUGUUUUGUUCCAAUCUGACGGGUCUGUAGCUGGCAGAGGUUUCAGUGCUAUGUUUCUGAGAUGCCUCCCAUUUUACUAUGGUGAAGAAAGAUGUACCACACCAUGCAACUGUGUCAAGAACAACACACAAUAUUGUGACAGUUUUAACGGGGCGUGUACCUGCUACCCCGGGUGGCAGUCAGCUACAUGUGCUGUUGAUGUCAAUGAAUGUCUGAGUAAUCCUUGCUAUCUCACUGAAAAAUGUGUGAACACUAUGGGAAGUUAUAGAUGCAUUCCUGAUUGUGACAGUAACUUCACUGCUGUGUCUGGAAGUAUUUCUACAAUUGGCUUUCCAAAUUAUGUAUAUAAGAAUGCUUCAUGUAAAUGGAGAAUACAAGGAAGUCCAGGUCAAGUUGUUACACUUAGUAUCAAGAAUCAAGAUUUUCAGCUGUAUGAAGACGGAACUUGCUACUAUGAUUCGUUAAACAUCUACAGCGUUAUUAAUGCAACAAGCACACAAAUAGGCAAAUACUGUGGAAGAAGAAUACCACUUUUGAUUAGGACCAGUGGUAACAUAAUGGAGAUUCAGCUCAAAACAAAUCCGUACUGGACCUCAAAUGUAGGAUUUUCGGGUGUUUUCUACACACACACAUGCAAAGAGUUCACUUAUGGACCAACCUGUCAAUUCAGUUGUGGAUGUGAUCUAUCUAAAACACGAUUCUGCGACAACACCAAUGGUGUUUGUGUGUGCAAGCCUGGUUGGACAGGUGACACCUGCUCUGAAGAUGUUAAUGAGUGCAACUACAACACCUGUCCAACAAAUGAAGUUUGCAAGAACACACCAGGGAAUUAUUCAUGUGAAUGUCAGCUUGGAUUUAGUAGGACAGCAACUGGACAGUGUCAAGGCAACAGCUUGAACUGUGUGACAGCAAAAAAUAAAACAUGCUCCCAUUUCUGCUAUCGAGACACUUCUGGAGUUUUAAUAUGUACCUGCCCUGCAAACAUGGAAAUAGGAGCAGUAGAGAACCAAUGUGCUGUGACUCUGUAUCCGUAUGGUGCUGAGAAAGGCGACUCUGGACUUAUCAAAACUAAUGGGAACAGCCAGUAUGUCAGCAAACCUAUUGUGUUUGCUACUAAAGUGCCUGUUGGUGCUGGGACUGAAACUGAGGCAUAUGUCUUUAGUGAUGGAGUCAUUCGGUUUGGAGGAAAUACAAUUAGUAGUAGCUACGACCUAGCAGUAAAAAAUGGCUUUAUAAUAAUAGCCCCAUACUGGGCAACAUUGGACCCAACAAAAGGAGAGGUUUUCUACCAUCUGUAUGAGAGCUGUGAACCAACAGUUUUCUCUGAAAGUGCCACAGUGACAUCAUCCCCUGCCAAAGCUAAAGUAAUGGAAAGGGCAGCUCAAGAUGUCAGAAACUCUAAUCGCUUCUAUGACUUUAAAGUUAAAACUGUGCUGGUUGCCACUUGGAAAAAUGUUCAAAUAUUAUCAAGUGUUAUUAAGACCAACCCACCAACAGGCACUUUUCAAGCAAUAUACAUCACUGGAUACCGUAAAGAAUCUAUUGGUGAUCAGGAUUUCUCUGACGAAGAAACAGCCUAUGUAUAUUUCUUAUACCCAAAAGGAGGAAUGAACAUAAUUGCCCUGAAAAACAGUGACACAACUAUUGGUAUCUCUGCUGGUCCAUACGCUAAUAAAAUACAAGUCAACCAGACCACAUUUGACUGGGUAAAAAACAAAAACUACAACGAAGUGCUCACUUACGAAAUUGGGAAAAUAUCUGGACCUGAACAGAAAUGUGAAAAACAUGUGUGUAAGAAUUCACAGCUUAUUACAAACGCAGACUACAGAAACCAGAUCAGUCAGCUCUAUGCAUGUCCCUGUACUCUUGGUUUACUAGGGUUACAGUGGAGCUUGUAUGAAAAACGUGGAGCCCUGAAAGAUAUUUUCUGCUUUGUAAUUAGUCCAGUGGCUAAAAGGAGGGUACUUCAGAAUAACCCAAGAAAUAAGUUUUGCUGCUAUAAAUGGACUCAACCAUCACUAACCAGUGAUUGGAUGAAGUGGGCUGAAUCAAGACAACAGGCCUCAUUCAUUCACAACACACCUGAUGCUGGUCAUGUUCUUGUAGGUGAUCCUUGGUGGUCACUGGCUGCUAAUGAAAGUCUUGAGGCUCAGAGGUCUUGUUGUAAGGAUGGGAACGUGGGUAAACUGUGUGACAGGUAUAAUCUCUUGUACCCAGACAACGAAUGCUCCUAUGAUGUCACCUUUGUGCCAGCAUGGCUGCUUGGUGAUCCAACUAUAGCAACAUUGGACAAUGUAACAUACUUGUUUAAUGGCAGAGGUGAAUAUAUUAUGAUGGAUGUACAGUCUGAGAACUUUAAACUACAGGCUAGAACAGAUAGAGCAGAAACUAGCAACGGAACUUUAACAAACGCGACUGUCUUCUCGGCAUUUGCAGCUAAGGAAAAGGAAAUUUCUCAUUUCCAAGUGGAACUUGCAACUAGUAAAAAAACAAUGUUCCUGUACGUUGGUGGCAAGAACAUCACAGAAAACUUUUAUUCUUCGGUAGACUACAGGCAGUCUCUAGAAACUAUUGAAGUUUUCAGGGAUGAUAGUGGAAAUAAAACUAAAGUCACCGUUGUAUUUCCAUGUGGAGUUUCGUUCGCAAUCCGCAUUGGGUAUAAAAGUCUUGAGCUCGAAAUGCAAGUACAAAAAACACUUCAGGGAAAAACAAAAGGCUUACUUGGCAACUUCAAUGGAAACACAAAAGACGAAUUCACUUUACCAAAUGGAACAGUUUUAAGAUCCAAUCUCACUGAAAGGGAGAUUUUCUACAACUUUGCUAAUAAAUAUCAAGUAACUCAAGCUAACUCAGUGUUCACCUACAGAGAUGGGAAAACUGCCAUAGAUUACCAGUUUCCUGACUUUGUGCCAUUUUUCAAUGACUCGGCAACUGCCAGCCAGUUGCAAAAAGCAAGAGAAGUUUGUAAAAAUGGGUCAGAUUCCUGUGUUUUUGACUUUUUGGCAACAAAUGAUGUGAACUUUGCGAUCAAUACCAACAACACAAUUGCACAGUCUGUGGCUGUAAAGAAUACUCUAGCUAAUUCCUACCCAGUGUUGAGUGUUGUGAGCAACCCAAAUUAUGUGAAUGGACGUUGGUUAGUUCAGGAAGGUGUUGCCAAUACACUGAGUUUUAAAGCUGUUGACAAUGACACAGAUGUGUUAACUUACAUCUUGGUAGAAGGCUCUUCAGCUGUAUCUCUCACCCAGAAUGGAUUGUUGACCUACACACCAACAGUGAACACACCAGUCAAUGUGGCUCUUCGAGUGAAAGACUCCAAAGAUGGCUUUUCACCGGUUAUGAACCUUCCAAUAACAAUUUGUCCAAGAUGUAGUGGACAUGGUCAGUGUAACAAGAACAUAACAAGAGAGACAGAGUAUUUUGGAGGCCUUGUCAGAGUUUUAAAAUGUAGCUGCUUGCCUGGAUAUACUGGAGCAAAUUGUGAGUCAGAACUUGAUGCCUGUAAAGACAACCCAUGUUUCAAAGGCCAGACUUGCACUGACUUGACAGCAGCUCAACAAGGAAACAGAGAGAUAGGAUAUGUAUGUGGGCCUUGUCCAUCUGGGUACACAAACUACAGUGGCAGAUGCAUUGAUGUCGAUGAAUGCACUAGCGCAGGCAGGUGUGAACACUACUGUAACAACACAGAUGGUGGCUAUGAAUGUAGUUGUAGAGAAGGUUUUGUUCUCAACAGGACUGAUUCAAAGUCAUGUUUAGCCAAGAACUGCUCCAACAGAUGUGUGACACAAAACACUUUGUACUGUGAUGAGGGUGUGAGUCAGUGUGUAUGUAAGGAUGGCAUCAAGACACCUGACUGUUCUGUCAAUGUUGACAAGUGUCUGUCCAAGCCUUGCCCAGCUAACCUGAUGUGUGUCAGUACACAGACCAGUUAUGAAUGUCUUUGUCUAAAUGGACAACACCCAAUCAAUGGUAUUUGUGCUGAUUGUAACAGACAAUUAACUGAAGUCAGUGGUAAAUUCAUGAGCUCCAACUACCCAAUCAACUAUCCCAGUAACCAGUUCUGCACAUGGACUAUCAUUUCUAAUGAUUCAAAGGCAUUCAUUGUACUGAACAUUACUGAGUUUGUGGUAGAAGGCUGCCCGUAUGACUACCUGGAGGUGUAUGAUGGCAGGGAUACAAAUGCUGACCUGAUUGGACAGUACUGUACUGAUGCACCAGGGCUGGUCACUUCUUCAGGAAAUUCUUUGACCGUCACAUUCACAUCUGAUGGUUCUGAGAAUUUUAAAGGCUUUAUUGCAUCAUAUGCUAUUGAAAGCCAAUGUAAAACCCUACAGUGUUCACAUAGUUGCCAGAUAGUUUCAGUCAAUCCACGAUUUGAGAAAUGUGUUUGUCCUGAAUGGAUGAGAUUGGAUACAGUUUCUGGCACAAAAUGUCUUGAAAUCAAUGCCUGUAACACAACAGUAACCAGCAGCUCAGGUCUUAUUGUCAGCCCAGGAUAUCCACAGAAAUAUGGCGCCAAUACUACCUGUUACUGGACAAUACCUGCCAAGACCAACACAUUCACCAAACUGAGUUUCCUGGACAUUGACAUGGAGGGAGGCUCCACCUGUCCAUAUGACAGUGUUAAAGUCUAUGAUGGCACCAGUUCCAGCGCUCCAUUGCUGAGUCUAGUGUGUGGGGGUGUCCUGCCUCAAGCUAUAACUUCUACAGGGAAGGGAGUGUUCAUUGUUUUCAAAUCUGAUGAGUCUAUUGCUGGCAGAGGGUUUAAGCUGCAGUACGGAUAGGGUAAGAGAUGGAUGGGCAGAAAGAAGAGACAGUUUCUAAUGCAGAAUACUUACCAUUCGUGUCUUUAAAUCACUUUUACAUAUCAUUUUUUAUUCUUUAUAUAUCUUGACAAAUUUAUCUCUAAUACAUACAUAUAUAUAUAUAUAUAUAUAUAUAUAUAUAUAUAUAUAUAUAUAUAUAUAUAUAUAUGUGUAUUCUUUAAUAAAGC